AUGAAACUAAAAAACAAAGUUGAUGUUACUGUGGCUUAUGAUAUGCCUUUUGUAGUUACUUAUGACAGUUUAUUUAUUGAGUUUGUUUCAAGCUGCAGUGAUUCUAGAUUAGAGAAACCAGUUCUAUUGAGUCUGCAUUAACAGGAUUCGUAAAAUAAACAUAUCCUUCCCACCAAAAUGCCCAGAUAGAUUGUAAAACUGGCUGCUGCUUUUCAAAGAGCCCAAGAACCGAACUUGUGAUCCUUGAGACAGGAAAGUGACCAGGCAGAAAGAAGAGAUGCAGAAUAUGUGUGAUGCACGUAGGAGAACAAAGCAAUGCUGUGGAGAGCACAGACGGAGGCUGGAGUUGUUUUGUCAGGAGGAUGAAACGUUUGUUUGCGUCCUGUGUGUUCCCAGACAUUCCACCCACAGUUUUGUGUUCCUGCAUGAGGCAGUCAGUGUGUAUAAGGACAAACUAAAAACAGCCUUAUCAUCCCUACAAUUAAAAGUCAAUGAUUUUAAAGAUUUGCAAAACAAGAAUGAGAAGGAAUUCCAGGACAUACAUGAACAUGCUUGUAGUUUGGAACAGUACAUUAUAGUCCAGUUUUCAAAACUGCAUCAGUUUCUCCAUGACAAUGAAGAAAAACUCAUUCAUCAGCUUAAGAAUGAAGAGGCUAAAAUUCUGAAGGACAUAGACGAAAAUCUUAAGUACAUUAAAGGUAAUGUUACAGACACCCAUUUUGUGGUCUCUGAUACCAUCUUGGAGCUUAAGAAGGAAGAUGUGGAUGCUCUAAAAGAGAUGGAAGAAAAUUCUGAAGAUAGCAAUAGUUAUCCUGUGGCAACUCAGGAACCAAUCUCUGAUAAUAAUCUGAAGCUCAGAAAAGAGCGGGAAACCAAUGACUUUCUAACAGUUCCAGAAAAGUUUGAGGAUGUUGCUGUUACUUUCUCAGAAGAGGAGUGGAAGAUGUUAAAAAAACAAGACAAGGAGCUUCACAGAGAAGUAAUGGUACAAAACUAUGAGACCUUGGUUUCAAUGGGAUACCGGAUCCCUCCAAGUAAAUUAUUUCUGCUCCUUAAGGAAGCUGAUGAAUUGUCAGAUGACCAUUUGGAAGGGAAAAAUACCACCGAACAUAAAGUUAAUAGUGAUGACAACGUCAACAGUGGGAGACUCCAACUGCAUCACCUUACAGAGAAUCUACAGCUGUGUGCUCAGCCUGAGAAGGAUUCUGACAAGCUUCAUUUCACUCUGGUACCCCACCACCACUCAGGACAUACCUACUCUUGGAGCUUGGUGUCUGACAGUGAAACACCCCAAUUUCAUCACCCACCAGAGAACCUGCAGCAGGAUGCUCAGCCUGAGAAGGACUCUGACAAGCAUCAUCUCCCUUCUGUACCACAGCUUCAGACAGGAUAUAUCUGCAGCCAGAGCACUGAAUGUGACAAUGAAAUCUGUUGGGUACAUCAGUCAACAGAGAACCUGCAGCAGUGUACUCAGACAGUGAAGGACUACAAAAAGCUUAAUCUCCCUCCUGUAUCCCAGCUUCACUUGGGAUUGAACUGCACCCAGAGCUCUGAUGGUGAUAGUGAAACAUCACAGGUACAUUCCCUGACAGACGGCCUACAGCAGUGUGAUCAGACAAUGAAGGGCUUUGACAUGUGGCAUCUCCCAUCUGUACCACAGGUUUAUUCAAGCUGUAAUUACAGCAAGAACUCUGAAUGUGACACAAGUUUUAUUGCACAGCAAAGCCAGGUUGUUCAUCAGACUUCUAACACUGGAGAGAAACCAUAUAAAUGUACUAAACAUAACAGGAGUUUCAUGCAAAAGAAUCGUCUUCUAAAACAUCAAAGUAAUAAGACUCGCAUACAGAAAGCAUCAUAUAAAUGUCCUCAAUGUGGUAAAUGUUACAGUAGAAAAUAUUCUCUUUUACGUCAUCAAAAUACUCAUGCAGAGAAGAAUCCACAUAAAUGUUCUGAAUGUAAUAAGUGUUUCUCAAGUAGCCAUAGCCUGGUACGCCAUCAGGAUAUUCAUUUAGGGCUAAAACCAUAUAAAUGUGUGGAAUGCAGUAAAUGUUUUUCACAGCAUAGUCAUUUGACACGUCAUAGAGUCGUUCACACAGGCGAGAAACCAUAUAAAUGCACUAAAUGUAGCAAGUGUUUCUCACAGAGCUCUGACGUGACAAAGCAUCAAAGCACACACACAGGGGAGAGGCCAUUUAAAUGCACUGAUUGCAAUAAAUGUUUUUCACGUAACAGUAGCUUAAUUCGCCAUCAGACCAUUCACACAGGGUUAAGACCUUUUAAAUGUGCUGAAUGUACCAAGUGUUUUUCACAAAGAUAUGAAAUGGUACACCACCUAACCACUCACACAGGAGAGAAACCAUAUAAAUGUGAUGAGUGUGGUAAGAGUUUCCUAUACCAGAAAGGCCUAGUAAUUCAUCAGGCCAUUCAUGAGGAGGAGAAACCAUAUAAAUGUGCAGAAUGUAGCAAGUGUUAUAAAGAUAAUACUAGUCUCCAUUACCACCAAAGGACUCACACAGAGGGCCAGGCCAGGCCGAGAGGGAGGAUGGCCCCCCUGUUGUAGAAGGAAGUAGCAGUCCACAAAAAUCACAAAAACUUAAAUAAUCGAGGACAAGAACGAAAUUUUGCAUUGUUACUAUUAUGCAAAUUUUAUAUUGUUACUAUUAUGCAAAAUGCCCAGA